AUGAGGAAGAAGUACUACAAUAUGGUGGAAGACAUGAAAGGUAAAAUCAGAGUGUUUUGUCGGAUUCGACCAGUGAGCCGAACCGAGGUUAUGCAGGGUGGAGCCAUCGUUGUGGAGAAAAUAGAUGAUUUCUCUGUCACUGUGGAAACCCCUCGUGGGCAGAGGGAGUUUCAGUUCGACAAGGUGUUCAACGCUGAAGCCUCUCAGGAAGACCUGUUUCAUGACACCAACAGGCUGAUCCAGUCGGCUAUUGAUGGAUACAACGUCUGCAUCUUUGCAUAUGGCCAGACGGGCUCAGGGAAGACCUUCACCAUGGUGGGGGACAAGGAACAGAAGAACCCUGGGAUCAUGCCGAGAUCUUUUAAUGCUAUAUUUGAUAUGAUUCAGGAGAACAGCAAUAAAUUCGACUUCAAGGUUUCAGCCUAUAUGCUGGAGCUGUACAAUGACAAGCUGCAGGACCUCUUUGUGAGCCUGGCUGGUGAGGCCCAUGGACAGCCCCAGUCCCAUGGCCAGGCCAGGCGGGUGGAGAUCAAGAGGAACAGAAAGGGGGUUGUGUUCGCCCAAGGAGCAGAGACAAAGGAGGCUUCCAGUGCCCAGGAGCUAUACGCUCUGUUCCAGCAGGCCUGCACCAACCGACACAUCUCUGCCACCAAGAUGAAUGUGGAGAGUUCCCGCUCACAUCUCAUCGUUGGCAUCAUGGUGGAAAGCAGGAAUCUGACCAACGGAAGUGUGAGCUCUGGGAAGCUGAGCCUUGUGGACCUGGCAGGCAGUGAGAGAGCAGCAAAGGCUGGUGCCAAGGACGACCAGCUAAAGGAGGCUAACUCCAUUAACAAGUCUCUGAGUGCCCUGGGUGAUGUGAUCUCAGCCCUGUCUGCGGAACUGCCCCACGUACCAUACAGGAAUAGCAAGCUGACACAGGUGAUGCAAGACUCCCUGGGUGGAAAUGCCAAAACCCUCAUGAUCGUCAACAUCUCUCCUUCCGAAUACAACCUUGAUGAGACGCUCACAUCUCUCAUGUAA